AUGAGGAAGCAGAACCACGGCGGCGGUGGCGGUGGUGGUGGGGGGACGUGCGGCGUCAGCGCCGACAAGGUUGUGGAGUUGGCAAAGAAACAGGUGGACUACAUACUAGGAGAUAAUCCAGGCAAGAGGUCCUACAUGGUGGGGUUCGGGAAGAGGUAUCCGCAGCGGCUACACCACAGAGCCUCUUCCUUACCCUCACUCCACACACACCCUGCUCGGAUCAACUGUGGUGAUGGAUUCCAGUAUCUAAACACUCCGUCGCCUAAUCCAAACAUUCUUGUCGGAGCAAUCAUUGGCGGCCCAGACAGUCAAGACAAAUUUGCAGAUGACCAGAAUAAUUUUCACCAAUCUGAGCCCGCCACUUAUAUCAAUGCCCGAUUUAUUGGCGCACUCGCUUUCUUUUCUCAAUAUCUUUAA